AUGGGCGCCCAUAUUGGAAAUGCCACCACUUGGACGAUCCCCGGGUUGCCCUCCUUGACGAUCCCCGCCCAACCAGGCGAAUACGUCGAUGCUGUUGUCUCGACAUUCCGGGGUGAGCAGCAGCUGGAGCUGCACCUAAUCACCGCCAAGUACUCGCUCGAGUGGAUCCACCGCGAGCUGGCCGUCACGCAGACGCUCGCCAAGCUGAACAACCCCAGGAAGGGCGAUCUGGCUGUGACCCGAAUCGGCCCCCAAAAAGUCUGGUAUCGUGCGGUGGUGCUCAACCGCGAAACGGCCGCCGAGGUCCAAAUCAUGCUGCUCGACUACGGCACGCUGGAACUGGUCGAUUUCCGCGAGUUGUUCGACAUGCCGGCCACCGUACGCCACAUUCCGCCCCUCUCCUUCCCGCUGGCGGUCCCGAAGCCGAUGCUGAUCGGCGUUCGCGAGGAGGACAUGCGAACCACCCUCAAGCAGGCCAAGCUCACGUUCAAGCUCGGCGCCUCGACGGACGGCUUCGUGUUCAACGGCGAUGACUUGCGCGUGUUCGACAAGGCCAGCGGGGCCCUGGUGCCCGUCAACGAAGCUGUGCGCCGCGCCGGCGGCCAGCUCGAGCGCGUCGAGUACAACAUCAUCAGCGGGACCGACACGACGCCACUGCCCCAGUUCGAGCCCUCGAAUCGCGAACUCCGCAAGCGGGCCCAUGCCAAUGAUUCUGGAGCAGUCGAUGGAGCUCAAGAGCAACAGACCGCUGGGUCGUUGCUGAACAACAACCCGCGCAUCACCAACAGGAAUCCACCAUCUGAUGGAAUGAGCAACGCGGCCGUGCUGGCCAUCUCCGUCGUCGUGGGCCUGGGUAUCAUCCAGUGUGCCGUGUUCGCCGUGAUCAUCUACCGCUGCUGGCGCAAGCGUCAACAGGCGCUCAGCUCGACCCGCGACGAGCCAGCCGGCCAGGUGCACCCCGGAGGCGGUGGGCCGUCUGCUGAGGCCGACAAUGAUGGUGACACCUCGGCUCGUGCAGGCGGCGGCCACUCCUUCCAAAAGUCCAUCACCAAUUCCACGGACGCGGGCCCGACCGUUGGCACUCCACCCGCGCCAGCGCCCCCGCGCCUCGCCUCCAGCCUCGCCAGCGCGUCCACCAGGACCGUCACGCUGGCCGGCGUGGUGAGCGACAUGGUCGAGCAGUCCGAAGAGCGCGGAAGCCCCGCCCCCGAGCCGUCCACCUGCCCCGCCACGGCCACCCCGGGCGCGCCCGUGCCGACGACCAGCGCUCGCACGCUGCCCACCCCGGCCAUGAUGUUGAUGACCGACCCGAAUAUGGUGGUCGUCGAGGAUGAGACGACGGUCGUCGCCAACAGUGCCGCCAGCGCGGGAAGGACAAACCCGAGGACUGUCAAUCCCAGGCCUGCUCAGAGCACCCUGACGGCCGUGACGCUGAUGGCCACCGCGCGUAUCCAGUCGCAGUCGGCCAAAAUGGCCGAGACGCAGCUCAGCCGUACGCCGAUGCGUAGCGACGGUACGCAAAUGGCCACCGACUGGUCGUUCCCCGCCCAGAGCACCCAGGGCUCCAAGACGGUGGUGAACAGGCGAGCCAUCGUCGUGGAGACGUGCGCCACGGACCCGACGAUCCGCGGCGUCGCCAGUCUGCCAGUGGACAGUCGGACGUCGGUGACCACGCCGAUGAUGUCGACCCAGCGCCCGGGGACGCUGUCGACGAACACGGCCGGGGCCCGUCGCCUCGCCACUGCCGUCCGCAUCGACAACCACGACGGCGAAACGGUCAAGAUCGACGAACCGGGCGGAGGGCCGGCUACCGCCCACAGCGUCACCACCAAGACGGCGCUGCGCUUUGGCGCCGGGCGGAGUGAUGGUGUUUGGCAUCGGAACCGCCGCCCAUCCGAGGACGAGACUUCGGAAGAUGACGCCGACUCCGAGGAGGACGACUCCGAAGAGACCUCUGAUGAGGACCGCAUUCCCGCCUACUGCAUCCUAAGCGAGGAGGCCAAGCACGACAAGCUGUACUACGCCUCGUCAAUGUCGGGCAGCCGCAGCGUGCACGCCGCGCAGCGCGAGGGCAGCGCGCUUCGCGCUCCGCCCAGCCCGGCCGUCGCGCUGCACGAUUCGGACCUGGAGACGCCGCGCUUCGAGCCCAUCCACCGUCUGCUCGAUGACAUGGUGACCACCGACUCGUCCUACAAGAUCACCACGCCCACCGGAUACGAGAAGGGGCUUUUGGACUCGCCUGCCAUCCCUUACACCCCGACCCAGCCGAGUUGGAGGCUCCACCAGCAGCCCAGGGCCAACGCUGUUGAGGUUGAGUUGAUGUCUACCCGUGCCAUCGGUCCGGUCCGCUCCACCCCGAAUCCGUAUGCUACCUCAAAUGAUUCUGCCCGCUCGCUGUCCUUCUCGGUGACGUCGCGCCAGCCGCCUCCUCCUGUCAUGGCCUCCUCCUCCUCUUCCUCGACCUCCUUCCACUCGGCGGCCACCAACAACAACAACAACCAGCGCCGUCCA